AUGUCGGCCAUUCUCCUCUCGAAGGCCGCUUGGCGAAGAGGCUACGACUGGCCUGGUCCGGAGGGUCGACCACAAUAUGUUGGAAAAGGCAAGAGGAGACAAAAGGUUGUGGUGGAGUCAUUGCCUACCAAGUUCCUUGGGACAACACAGGCAGACUCGGGAGUGAUUGUAAUGCAAGAUGCAAAUGAGGAGGAAUUGCCAAAGAACCCGGCAUCCAAACACCUGGUGUUCAAUCAGCCAGCCGGCGACGAAGAGAAGCUCAGCGCGCAGGACAUCGAAAGCGAGGUCAAGGCGAAGAAUGCUAUUCCCAAGCAGGAGGAUGUCUACGCUUCGAUCGAAGCUUUACGAGUGGAGGUUGCAGCGGCCACGACGAUCGUGGACAACGCAACAUUCGAGGCUCUGAGGAAGAAAUUGACGGACAGAUAUACCGCCGGCCAACUGUCAACAUAUCUGGUCCGUUCCCUCACUCCAUCUACAACCACUAGAGGCAAACAGAAAGCAUCAUACGUCAAAAGCAAAUUGCAGGAGCUCGGAAGCUCUCAUUGGCGCGCUGGAAAGACGCCCAUAUCCCAGCGUCCCUCUGGAGUGCUGAAGAAAGCUCCGAGCAACAAGCAACAGUUUGCCGAGAAAAUCUUGCGUCUGAGCUGGUGGAUGACGAUCGAAACAGAAGAGAAAGAGAUCGGAGAGAUUGAAUUGCAUCUCCAACCUUGGCAGAUGUCUCUGCUCUUCGACCCUGUAUCAGACAGUGACCGUCCUUACUACGAGAGGUUCAUCGACUCGCACAGCCUCGUCUCGCAGACCUCUAUCGAGCCACAUCGACCUGCCAGCAUCAUGAGGGUCACAGGCCGUCGCAGAGAUGCCGAGGAAAUUGUACGUCGAGUCAAUCUUGAGCUGGUCAACGCUUCGCACCUCGAGUGGAAUCUGAAGCCACAUGUACCCUCACCGUCAGGAGCUGGUCAAGGCUGCGAGACGUCCUCUCACUUCCGACACGAGGACGUCAGAUACGUUGCACGCCUUACCAGAUCAGCCAUCAUGUUCGGAGAUGAUGGCAAGGUGUCAAUUCACAGCAGGAUGCGAGACGACACGAUCAACGCUCGACGGUUGCUCCUCUCACUGUUGCCAAACAAAAGUGCGACGACUGAAAGUGUGUCCAUGGCUGUCGAAGAGGCUGUCAUCUCCCACAGUCAUGCUAAGAAUGCUAUUGUGGCCCUUCCUUCUGGUCCCGCUUCAUCUGGCCUUCAGCGACGCUAUCACAAUCUCGAUCUCGUUCGGCAAGUCAAACCGGGUUCCGUCGAUGGAGAGAAGAACGCAUCGAACGAAGACAUCCCAAAGGCGCUGCACUCCAGACUGGAGAAGGCCGUGAUAAAAGUCGCUCAGGAAUUGGAUCAGAUCAAGCGUGGAAUAUCUGAUUAUGAGGUCACAGCGAACUCAUACUGGCGUCGAUCAUCAGAAGUGUCACAACCAGAUUGGAAAGUGCACUUCCGCCGCCUGCUGCAGGAAAAGGAAUCAUCGGCCUCGAAUCCCAAAGAGUCACUAGAGACCACUCCUUCAAGGUCUACAGCUCCACAUUCUCGACAACUCAUCGUCCAAAGCACUGUCCCAGGCAUCGAGACGGCGCUGUCGUACUUUUCUCCACUCGACGAUGUCGACCCGAAGAAGUCAUCCUCCACAAGCCUGCAAUCUGACAACAAUCGCCAACCCGAGAACAAAAAGCAAGCCCCUUUCAUCAUGGCCUACUUCACUCCCGCCGUCUCCAAUCCUCACUCCUCUGCAUCCCUUCCUUCCCUCGCCAUGAGCUUCCACUUCAGACCCUCCCGCAGCGGCAGCACCGGCGAUCAAGACCUUCAUCUCACCAGCAUGAUCGCCACCACCUCCGAGCAGCAGCUGCGCGUGCCUCUCCCACUAUUUAGCACGGACAUCGUCUUCACUCGCAAGACUUUCCUGAAAGCUGUGGUCUACCAAGCGAUGGCGGACAAGGCGAUUCAGAAUUUUGUGUGGAGGGUGCAGAGAAGCGUGCGGAGUAAAGAAGGGGUCUUGACUGCGCCGGCAGAGUUGACUGUACGACUACCGUACUGGCUCGUUGAGGGCAAGAAGCAGGGCAAAGGAACGCAGGAUGAGAAGGAGGAAGUGCCGCCGGAUAUGCCGGUCAACUAUAUCUUCGAGCGGUUCGAGCAGAUUCAGGCGAUUCAAUUCGUGCCUGGCAGGCCGGAAGGCAAUUUGGAAGAAGUAGAUGAGGGCGUCAGGUCUGUUAUGGAACACAUGCUGCGCUCGAAGUCUCUGGCCCUGGACUAUCGCGAAGUCGAAGGCGGCGCGAUCUAUGGCAACAGCACAACGCUUUCGCUGCGUCCUUUGGAAAGGCGGGCGAAGCGGAAGGCUAAGGGGAGUGGUACCACGGACGCGGACGCCGCGCAAUGGGACGUUCAGGAUACAUCUGGAGCGCUUGGUGUUGGGUCGGAGCAGGAGGACCCGCUGCCGCAUAACUUGCAUCUGGUGGACGCUGCAUUUAAGAUGGCGCAUGUGUUGACGAGGGCUAGUGCUGGGUCGUUGAAGCGGAUGGGACAGCAGUCGAAGGAGAAACAAUAG